GUUCGGCGGGUUAUUUUCGAUGCAGUGGCGCUUUUGAUGUAAACAAACACACAGACGAACGGUCGGACGGACGGAAGUCAGCGGGAUGAACUGCGAUCAACUACUGCUCCACCCGCGGGUCAGCGCUGCCCUGAGGAGAGUUCAGCUAAAGUCUGUGCAGGACGUGGUCUGUGCUUCUGCUCCAGACCUGCAGAGACUCACCGGUUUGUCGAACUCUGAUGUCCAGCAGCUGAUCACUGCUGCCGCUGCCGCCUGCAGAAGGCACCCUCCAAUCACAGCACAGCAGCUGCAGCACGGCGUGUCUGGCGUCAGGCUUGGCUGUCCAGUUCUGGACCGCCUGUUGAGGGGCGGUUUGCCUGUGGGGGGCAUCACUGAGCUGGCUGGAGAGAGUGGCACCGGCAAGACUCAGGUGGGCCUGCAGCUCAGCCUCUCGGUGCAGUACCCAGCAGAGCACGGAGGGCUGGGCGCAGGUGCGUUGUAUGUCUGCACUGAGGACUCAUUUCCCAUUAAGCGUCUGCACCAGCUGAUUGGCGAGCAAGUCUGUCUGCGUUCUGAUGUUCCUGCGGACCUUGUAAACAGUCUUCGCUUCAGCGACCACGUUUACAUUGAGCAUGCCGCCGACUUGGAUUCCCUCCAGGUGUGCCUAACACGUCGCGCCCGCCUCCUACUGGCACGCGGUCUGGUGCGCCUAAUCGUGGUCGACUCAGUGGCAGCGCUGUUCAGGGCCGAGUUCCAGGCCGAUGAUUGGCUAGAGAGGAACAGACGGCUACUCACCUUCUCCUCCACGCUGCAUCACCUGAGUCAGGAGUUCAGCACACCUGUGCUCUGCAUCAACCAGGUGUUUGUUUUCCAGGUAACAGAUGUUUUCAGCCAAUCACACAACAGUAUGGGGCCUUCGUCGUCCACCGUGUCUCCUGCUCUCGGGUUGGCGUGGGCAAAUCAGGUGAUGGUUCGGCUGAUGAUGCGCCGUCUCCAAGGGAUGGUCAUCCGUGGUGAACAGAGCAGUGCUCUCCGCAGGUUGGAGGUGGUGUUUGCACCUCACCUGGCACGUGACGGACAAGACACUGCCGUGUGGACGGAGGGGCUCAGAGGAGUUGAGAGCUGGACUUCAAAUAGAAAAUAAACUUUAUUAAACAGCAUCAGUACCAUCAGAUUAUUCAAGAGUGAUCACACUGUUUCCUGACUGUUCUGAAGGUUGUGGACGCUGAUGCAUUGACUGGGGGUCAGACAGGUGUGUUAGUGGCCUCAUAUCUCUUAGAUCUGGACAGAAUGAGCUGGGAGGUCCGGACUGAUCCAUGAUCCUGAUUCUGCUGUGCAGGUGGACUCUGGUCUGUUCAGGAGCCUAUGAUUUGGUUCUGGUUGACCCACUAAAGUGGAUUCAGAUUAUUUUCAGACUAAACCUUUUAAAUGUCAUUUGACAUGAUUUAGUGACUGAACACAUUUAACAGGAAGUGUAAUCAAAUUACAACAGAAAUGGAAACAGAGUGUCUGCAGCAGCCUGAAAGUGUUGUCAGCCUGAUCGUUAAGCAGGGAUUCACACCGGCUUCCAGCUGCGACUCGUUUAUCCCUUUAAAUAUGUGUUUCUCCUUUGAGGAUCCAGUUUUAAAUCUUGUUAUGUGUCUCGAUGGUUUGGCGCUGCCUUCCGGCACUCUACCAGGUCACUGCGGCCUGUGAAACAGCUAAUCUUGGAUGUUUCUUGAUCCAUGCUAAAAACAAUAUUCAGUGUUGAUUUAGUAACUUUUAUGCACUUUUUCAGCUGAGGUUUUUAAAUGUGCUAUAGAAGUAACCUUUUUACUCGACAUGAAAGUCCUAAGUAAAAAAAAAUAUGCUUUUUGUUGAGGACCGACAGUGAUGCUGUGUACGAGAAACUCUACUUUCUAAAGAAGCUCGGGUCCUUUAAUGUGUGCAGCAGGAUGUUGGAGAUGUUCUACCAGUCUGUGGCAGCAAGCACCGUUUACUCUGCUGAAGGGCAGCAUCAGUGCAGAGAUGCAGCUAGAACAACAAACUAAUCCACAAGACUGGAAGCAUCAUUGGUCAGAAUUUGGAAGCUUUUGAGUCGGGGAGGGUCAGAGAGGUCACAGAACAAAUUGCUCUCCAUCAUGGACAGCCCAUCACCCCCGCAGCAGAGCUUGUCCUCCGUCAGACUGAUUCAACCUUUAUGAUAAUGAGUGCCAUCUAAAAUUUCCUCAGAAGUCAAUGUGCCAUAUCAACCAUUGCAUUAGCAAUAAAUUUAAUAAUGCUC